AUGAGGAACCACAGUGUUAUCUCUGAGUUCAUCCUCCUCGGGCUGUCUGUGGAUCCCCAGAUCCAGCCUCUGCUCUUUGUGCUGUUCCUUGUUAUUUACCUCCUGACCCUGAUGGGGAAUCUGAUGCUGCUGCUGGUGAUCGGGUUUGAUCCCCGUCUUCACAUCCCCAUGUACUUUUUCCUGAGGCAGUUGUCCUUCCUCGAUCUCUGCCACUCCUCUGUCACUGUGCCCAAGCUGCUGGAGAAUCUGCUGUCUGAGAAGAAAACUGUCUCAGUAGAGGGCUGCCUGGCUCAGGUCUUCUUUCUGUUUGCCUCCGGGGGCACUGAAUCCUGCCUACUCGCUGUGAUGGCAUAUGACCGCUAUGUUGCCAUCAGUUCUCCUCUGCUCUAUGCCCAGGUGAUGAACAGACAGCUGUGUAUGGGGCUGGUGUGGGCCUCAUGGAGUUUGGCUUUUCUGGAUGCUCUUAUCAAUAUCCUUGUAGCUCUCAAUUUAGACUUCUGUGAGGCUCAAGAUAUCCACCACUUCUGCUGUGAGCUGCCCUCUCUUUACCCCUUGUCCUGCUCUGACGUGACUGCAAGUUUUACUGCCCUGCUCUGCUCUAGCCUCCUGCAUUUCUUUGGAAAUUUUCUCCUGAUAUUUUUCUCCUAUGUUCGCAUUUUGUCCACCAUCCUGCGCAUCAGCUCCUCCACAGGCAGAAGCAAGGCCUUCUCUACCUGCUCCUCCCACCUCACUGCUGUGAUCUUCUUUUAUGGUUCGGGACUUCUCCGUUAUCUCAUGCCAAAUUCUGGAUCCAUUCGAGAGUUAAUCUUCUCCUUGCAGUACAGUGUGAUCACCCCCAUGCUGAAUCCCCUCAUCUACAGCCUGAAGAACAAGGAGAUGAAGGCUGCUGUGAAAAGGAUGUUGAGAAAAUAUUUCUGGUGCUUCAAAUAA